CUCAUCCUUCAGCGCACAACUCGACUUCCACGGUGUCCUGUACUAGCCAGUACUUCUCCUGCGCGCUCUCUCACGCUGCGCUUUGUCUCUGGCAGCUUUUCUUCCCGCUUGUCUGAACAUUCCUUCCAGUGGCAAAAAAAUUCGUUGAGCAACCGCUCCCGCUAACGACGAGUUCGAGUCGUGUCUACACGCAUUGAAACAAGGUGCUUGGGGCUCUUGAAGAUUUCAGGCGUCCUCUCUUCCUUUAAUAUCGGUAUUCUUUUUGUGGAGUGUCUCGCGCGUCACCUCUACACACGAAACGGUCUCACUGUUGUUUGGCAUCUAAUUCUCACUAAUCAUCCAUCAUGCUCGGCCACGCCUUUGCAUACUCCUCGGCGCCAAUCAAAACGGUGCGAGAGGUUCAGUUUGGUGUUUUGUCUCCAGAAGAAAUCAAAGCGCAUUCUGUGGCAAAAAUUGAGUUCCCGGAGGUCAUGGAUGAAACUGGGCAGAAAGUCAAGCAGGGCGGGUUGAUGGAUCCUAGAAUGGGAACAAUAGAUCGCAAUUUCAAGUGUCAGACAUGUGGAGAGGGGAUGUCGGAGUGUCCUGGUCAUUUUGGCCACAUCGAACUUGCUCGGCCUGUAUUUCAUAUAGGCUUCCUUGUCAAAAUUAAGAAAAUUCUGGAAUGUAUUUGUGUGCAGUGCGGGAGAUUGAAGAUUGAUUCUGGAUCCUCCAGCCUCGUGCAGAUUGUCGUUUCGCUUCGGAGCUUGUUCCCGCCUGUUCAACAACCGGAUCGCUUGAUUGCGGUUUUGGGCGGUGAGGACUAUCGAAGCUGCCGUCGUCGUUGCACGUCUGCCGUGGUGAAAAGGGGAGCAGGAGAGGAGCGACUAAGAAUUUAUUAUGUCUGGCGUGGUUCACUUGCGCCAUCCUCGGAUCAUGCUUUCAUUGAACGUCUCAAACAUAUACGUGAUGUCAAGGUUCGAAUGGCAAAGGUCCACGACCACUGCAAGGGCAAGAUGAUUUGUGACGCCACCGAGCCGGAGCUUGACGGUGAUGGCCAGCCUUUGCCAGUUCUGGAUGCGUUAACAAAGAUUGGUUGUGGUCACGUUCAACCCUCGAUUCGUAAAGAAGGCUUGAAAUUAUUUAUGGUUUAUAAGAAGUCAAAAGAUGAGGAUGAGCAGGACAUGCGAUUGGCCUUGCCAGACAAGCGCCUGUUCACGGCCUUGGAGGUCUACAACAACUUGCGCAAGAUAUCCGAUGAACAUCUUGAGCUUAUGGGGUUAUCUGUGGAAUAUGCUCGACCUGAAUGGAUGAUACUUACUGUCUUACCCGUUCCACCGCCACCAGUCCGCCCGAGCAUCUCAGUGGAUGGUGGUACCAUGCGGAGCGAGGAUGAUCUCACAUUCAAACUAGGGGAUAUUCUGAAGGCCAAUGCAAAUGUCCGGCGAUGUGAACAGGAAGGGGCUCCUGCUCACGUUAUCUCCGAAUUUGAGCAAUUGCUUCAGUUCCAUGUGGCGACGUACAUGGACAAUGACAUUGCUGGUAUCCCUCAGGCCAUGCAAAAGUCUGGGAGACCAGUUAAGGCAAUACGGUCUCGCCUCAAAGGUAAAGAGGGCCGUUUAAGAGGGAACCUCAUGGGCAAGCGAGUGGACUUUUCAUCCCGAACGGUCAUUACUGGUGACCCAAACAUUAUGCUUGAUGAGGUUGGAGUACCAAAAAGUGUUGCUAUGACGCUCACUUAUCCGGAGAGAGUCACCCCAUACAAUAUAGAACAGCUCCAAGAGCUGGUUCGCAACGGUCCCCGGGAGUAUCCUGGCGCUCGCUAUGUCGUUCGAGAUACUGGCGAACGGAUAGACCUCCGGUAUAAUAAGCGUACGGACGCCUUCCUGCAGUAUGGCUGGAUCGUUGAACGGCAUCUCCGAGAUGGAGACUAUGUGCUUUUCAAUAGACAGCCUAGUCUGCACAAAAUGAGUAUGAUGAGCCACCGAGUCAAACUUAUGCCUUACUCGACUUUCCGUCUGAAUCUUUCUGUGACACCCCCCUACAAUGCUGACUUUGAUGGUGACGAGAUGAACAUGCAUGUGCCACAAAGCGAGGAAACACGAGCAGAACUGAGCCAAAUUGCAUGGGUCCCCCGACAAAUCAUUUCCCCUCAAGCUAACAAGCCAGUAAUGGGUAUUGUCCAGGACACGCUGUGUGGGAUCCGAAAGUUCACGUUACGUGACACUUUCCUUGACUGGGCAGCUGUUCAAAACAUUCUGAUGUGGGUGCCCGACUGGGAUGGCACUCUCCCUAUACCCGCUAUCCUUACCCCUAAGCCGCUGUGGACGGGCAAGCAAAUCCUUAGCAUGGCCAUUCCCAACGGUAUCAACAUCAUACGAUUACCUGAAAAUGGAUCGUCCAAUCCUGUUGACGACGAUGGCAUGUUGAUCGAGAACGGCGAGAUCAUCUACGGUGUCAUUGACAAAAAAACCGUUGGUGCCACACAGGGUGGCCUGGUUCACGUCGUUUUUCGAGAAAAAGGACCGGAAAUCUGUCGUGGUCUAUUUAGCGGCUUGCAGAUGAUUGUCAACUACUGGCUAUUUCAUAACGGUUUCUCGAUCGGCAUCGGUGACACUAUUGCCGAUGAGAAGACCAUGGACCAUAUCACUCAUCGAAUUGCGACGGCCAAGGCGAAAGUGUAUAAACUCAUUGAGCAAGGCCAACGAGACCAGAUCAAACCUAAACCGGGAAUGACGAUUCGGGAGUCCUUCGAAAGCGAAGUCAACCAGGAGCUGAAUAAAUGCCGUGACGACGCCGGUCGGCACGCCGAGAAGAGCUUGAAAAGCGAUAAUAAUGUCAAGCAAAUGGUGGUCGCGGGCUCGAAAGGCUCUUUCAUCAAUAUUUCGCAAAUGUCUGCUUGCGUUGGACAACAAAGUGUUGAAGGAAAGCGAAUACCUUUUGGUUUCAGGCAUCGAACACUCCCGCAUUUUGCCAAGGAUGACUAUUCUCCCGAAGCACGCGGAUUUGUUGAAAACUCCUACCUGCGAGGGUUGACGCCUCAGGAAUUCUUCUUCCAUGCCAUGGCUGGGCGCGAGGGCCUUAUCGAUACAGCGGUUAAGACCGCUGAAACAGGAUACAUCCAGCGACGUCUUGUGAAAGCCCUCGAAGAUGUGUCCGUCUGCUACGAUGGUACCGUCCGUAAUUCCCUAGGUGAUAUCAUUCAGUUCACUUAUGGUGAAGAUGGUAUGGAUGGAGCUUUCAUCGAGCGCCAGCGAGUAGAGACAUAUCACUUGUCACACUCUGCUUUCUUCCGCAAGUUCCGCGUAGAUAUUAUUGGUGAGGACGAGAACGCGGCAUUCAGGUCAGGGGUUCUUCAAAUUGGCCUGGACACAGGAAGUCCCGAGCUACAGCGGGAGUUGGACGCUGAGUGGGAGCAACUCCAAGCCGAUCGCACACUCCUUCGUGAUUUUAUAUUCCGGAACACAGAUCCCACACGCCCACAUUAUCUUCCGGUCAACCUCCGUCGCAUCAUCCAGAAUUCCCAGCAAAUUUUCCACAUCGACCGUCGAAAGGCCACCGAUUUGGAUCCCAUCCAUGUUAUCCGCGAGGUUCGCGCACUUUCCGAAAGACUUAUUGUUGUGCGUGGUGCCGGGGAAAUUGUCGAGGACAUGCAGAAGAACGCAACCCUGCUGUUCCUUAUGCACUUCAGAUCAAGUCUCGCAUGUCGUCCAGUGAUUGAAGAGUACCAUCUAACUCGGGAAGCUUUCGAUUGGGUUAUUGGUGAAAUCGAGACCAAGUUUAAUCAAGCACUGGUCAAUCCGGGAGAGAUGUGCGGCACAUUGGCGGCACAGUCUAUUGGAGAGCCCGCCACCCAGAUGACCCUAAACACAUUCCAUUACGCGGGUGUGUCUAGUAAGAAUGUGACGCUUGGUGUUCCCCGGUUGAAGGAGAUCAUUAACGUGGCUACCAACAUUAAAACACCUUCGCUCACCGUGUACCUUGAGCCCCAAAUUGCUCGCGACACCCGACGCGCGAAAGAUAUCCAGACUGAACUCGCUCAUACAACUCUCCGAACCGUAACGGCGUCGACUGAGAUUAUUUUCGAUCCCGACCCGUCAACCACCGUCAUCGAAGAGGACGCGGAUUUCGUUGAUGCGUUCUUCGCGAUCCCUGACCAGGAAGUGGCAGACAAUCUUCAUCGCCAGUCUCCAUGGUUGCUGCGUCUGGAGCUAGACCGCGCCAAGAUGCUCGAUAAAAAGCUUGAAAUGGCAUAUGUGGCAAGUUGCAUUGCGGAUGCCUUUUCCACAGACCUCUUCGUCAUCUGGAGCGAAGACAACGCGGAGAAACUUGUCAUUCGUUGCCGGAGUCUCUCUUCCGCCACCGACAAAGACGAGGAAGGUGAUAUUCAGAUCGAAGAGGAUGUCUUCCUUCGCCAAAUCGAGAAUACUAUGCUGAACAGCAUCAGUCUUCGUGGUGUGGAAAACAUUCGUCGAGUCUUCAUGGUCGAACAUGACAGGGUUACUGUUAAGUCCAGUGGAGAAUUUGCAAGCAACAGAGAUGCUGAGAAAGAGUGGGUGUUAGAGACGGAUGGCGUCAACCUGACAAAGGUGAUGUGCGUGGACGGUGUUGAUUUCACUCGGACAUACUCCAACAACUGUGUCGAAAUCUUUGAAACCCUUGGAAUCGAAGCUGCGCGUGCCGCACUCCUCCGCGAGCUCCGAGGUGUCAUCGAAUUCGACGGUUCCUAUGUCAAUUACCGUCACCUGUCAUUACUCUGCGAUCUCAUGACAAACCGCGGACGACUUAUGGCCAUCACGCGGCAUGGUAUAAAUCGAGCCGACACCGGCGCUCUCAUGCGUUGUUCUUUCGAGGAAACUGUAGAAAUCCUCGCAGAGGCAGCAAUGAUCGGGGAGAAGGAUGAUUGCCAUGGAAUAGCCGAGAAUGUCUUAUUUGGACAAAUGGCGCCUAUGGGCACUGGCUCAUUUGACGUUGCCCUCGAUAUGGGCAUGUUGAAAGAUGUGAUUGUGGACAGCCGUCUUCCGGUUCAGAACAUGAUGGCAGCUCAUGCUUCGGAAGGCGCUGCAACACCAGGUGGGAUGACACCCUACGAUUCUAGUUCGCCAAUGUACGAAGAGGCUUUCAAGGGGGAUGCGGUGGCAUUCUCCCCGUUGGCGCAAAGCGGUGGCGACGACUCAUCCGGGUUUGCUUCAUACCUGCCUGGAUUUGGUCAAAGCCCUUUCGGCGCUGGGAGCGGAGGAACUUCACCGAUGGGCCCGCAAUACAGCCCCAGUUCCCCAGGCCACUACUCACCCACUUCGCCGUACCAACCUACAUCGCCCUUCGGAGCGGCUGCCACAUCUCCGUUCGCGACUUCACCAUUUGCAACUUCUCCGUUUUACGAUCGAUCACGCGGAGGUGCAACUUCUCCUACCUACUCGCCGACUUCUCCUAUGCUUAAUCUGUCAUCUUCCAAUUUCUCCCCUACGAGUCCGCGUUAUUCUCCUACUUCCCCGUCUUUUUCGCCAACGUCACCUCGAUACAGCCCGCAGUCACCUUCGUUCAGUCCUACCUCCCCUCGUUACUCACCCACAAGUCCUUCUUUCAGCCCCACCUCGCCGCGCUACUCUCCCACAAGCCCUUCAUUCAGUCCCGCUUCCCCUCGUUAUUCUCCCACUUCACCCGCAUCGGGCUCACCGAUGUCGCCAAAGUACUCUCCUACAUCUCCUGCCUCUCCGGUCUCUCCGAGAUAUUCCCCUUCCUCCCCUCAUUAUUCACCAACCUGUAAGUGCCACCUGAUGCUCAGACUGAAAUGGUUGCUGAUGCUCUUUGUGCAGCUCCUGUAUACUCUCCUGCCUCACCCGCUUAUAGUCCUACAUCCCCCCAGUGGAGCCCAUCUAGUCCCAUUCAUUACUCGCAACAGGGUAAGAACGGACAGCCCAAUGGCAACGGGACGUACAACCCAACGCCCAGUUGGACGUAAGGGCCAUGAAAUGGCGAUGUUUGAUCCCCUGAUUGUGGGACUAUAUCGGACAACGCUUGUUUAAUUAACAAAUUUUUGUCUUAUUUUCCUGCAUACCUCAUUACAUCAAUACGAUUCUGUAGAGUACACUUUAUUCAUCAAUCAAUUACAGCCGAAGUCUGGUCGUGAUGGGGCCCAC